CUUCUCCGGGGAGACAAAAGAGACCUCGCUCGAUCUCCCGUGCCCCCAACCCCGCCUCCACGCGGCGCCCAGAAGCUUCCUCAGCCUGCCGGACUCCUCCGCCCCCGCCCCCACCGCCACCGCCACCGCCACCGCCCCGCCCCGAACCCCCCCGCCGCACCCUCCCUCCUCCCGGCCGGCGCGGCGCCGCGGCUAGGCCGAGGCGGAGGGCGGCGAGAUGUGGGUCUUCUACCUGAUAUCGCUGCCCCUGACGCUGGGCAUGGUCGUCGUCACGCUGCGCUACUUCGCGGGCCCGGGCGUGCCGCGCUACGUCCAGGCCACCGUCGGCUACGCCUGGUUCUGCUCCCUCUCCGUCAUCAUCCUCGUCCCCGCCGACAUCUGGACGACAUUAACUGGCUUUGAUAAAGGUGGGAUUGGUUUCUUCUGGAGCUGGUCUUAUUGGAGCACAUUUAUCCUAACAUGGGCUGUAGUUCCUACUAUUCAAGGCUAUGAAGAUGCUGGAGAUUUCACUGUUAGGGAAAGGCUAAAAACUAGUAUUCACAUGAACCUGCUCUUUUAUUCAAUUGUGGGAGCUAUUGGCCUCUUUGGACUCAUACUGCUUUUAGUCAUGCAUAGAGCUUGGGAUGGAGGUCUUGUGGGGUUUUUAAUGGCUUGCUCAAAUACCUUUGGACUGGUGACUGGUGCUUUUCUUCUUGGUUUUGGAUUGAGUGAAAUUCCAAGAAACAUCUGGAAAAACGCAGACUGGACUCACCGCCAAAAAGUACUUUCUCAUAGAGUUGCCAAGAUGGCCGUAAAGCUUGAUAAUGCUCAUCAAGAGUAUUCAAAUUCAAUUGUUGUUGCUCAAGCCACUUCAAAUCAAAUGUCAAAGCGUGAUCUCUUAAGACCUUAUAUGGAUAUUAUUGACAGAAUGGUUGCUCAAAUGCUGCGGGAUGAUCCAUCUUUCAAGCCUUCUGGUGGCAGAUUAGGUGAAAAUGAUAUGGACUAUGAUACAGAUGAUAAAACAAUGGCCAAUCUCCGACGUCAACUUAGGAUGGCUCAUGAGGAGUACUAUCGGUGUAAAAGCGAAUACAUGACUUAUGUCAUGGAAGCUCUCGAUCUAGAGGACACCAUUAAAAAUUAUGAACAUCGUGAUGCAAAUGGAUGGAAAUACGUAUCGAGUUUUAGGGAGAGUCGAUCAGGCACACUGGGAUCCCUUUUGGACACUAUGGAGUUCAUUUGGCGUUGUAUACUGAGAAAGCAGCUUCAGAAAGCACUGGCUAUUAUUCUCGGCUGCAUGUCAGCUGCUAUACUGUUGGCUGAAGCUACUUUGCUGCCAAGUGGUGUCGAUUUAUCACUUUUUUCCAUUCUUGUAAAAUCUGUCGGAAAACAGGAGGUUCUAGUCCAGGUUGCUGCAUUUGUCCCUUUGAUGUAUAUGUGUAUAUGCACAUACUAUUCGCUAUUUCAAAUUGGGAUGUUAAUGUUUUAUUCCCUGACUCCACGGCAAACAAGUUCUGUCAGUUUGCUUAUGAUCUGUUCGAUGGUUGCAAGAUAUGCACCUCCCAUUUCUUAUAACUUCCUGAAUCUUAUUCGCCUUGGUCAUAAUGUUAAAACUACUUUUGAGAAGAGAAUGGGGAACAUAGAUGAUGCAGUUCCUUUCUUUGGAAGACGGUUCAACAGGAUCUACCCACUAAUUAUGGUUGUUUAUACGCUACUUGUUGCUAGUAACUUCUUUGGACGUGUGAUUGACUAUUUUGGAAGCUGGAAAAUGUUCAAGUUCCAGCGUGAGGAAGAACAUAUGGAUGGUUUUGAUCCAUCUGGAAUUAUUAUUCUGCAAAAAGAGAGAUCUUGGAUUGAGCAAGGAUAUAAAGUUGGUGAGCAGGUUAUUCCAUUGGCAAGGUUCAAUGGCGCGAGCACGGACGUUGAAUCUGGAAAGGUUGAAAAUACAGUGGAGAUGAAAGUGGGAACAACUUCUUCGAGAGUUGAUGGAAGAGCCGGUCAAUCUAAAUAUGCUCACAACAGGGAAAUGAUUUCCAACAAGUAUUCGUCCGUUAGAGACCAGAGUCGGCAGGCAACAAAGCCAGUGAAAAAGGAAACCGUGUCAGCAUCUGUAUCUCUGCUUGAAGAAGGGAAUUCUGAAAAUCGCUCGGCUGCUGGAAUCUCCCAAACAUGGGCUUCAAUGAAGAAUGGUUUUCAGAACUUCAAAGCGAAUAUGGGUGCCAAGAAGUUCACUCCUUUGCGCCAGGAUCCAGGAUUUGCUCCUCAUUUGAACGGCUCUUCGCCCGAAUCUCUCGAUGACAUCUUCCAAAGGAUAAAACGACGCCCUGAAGACUCGCCUGUAGAUUACCUUGACAACGACGAUGACGACGACGACGACGAAAAUACCGGAGACAUGGAUCCUCCGUUUCCAGGACCGAGAAGAUAGGCUGUGGUUUCUCCCUUAGAAGUUAGAACAUUGAGCUCUGGGAAUCAAAAAAGGAUUUGGUAGCAUUAGAUUCAGAAUAGAAGAUACAUGAUGUACAGAUCAGAUGAUGGUUUUUGGUGUGCUUCGUGGAAGCUGAAGGCGCCCUCUGCCCAUCUGGAAAGGUGCAGACGUGAAUGAAAGCAUAUGACGUGAUGACACAGGCCCUGCAGAAAGGACAGCGGAAUCUCCCCAACAAGAGAUCAUGGGAGCGUGACUGCAUCACACUUUUCUGCUUUACACACAGUGCAGGAUUAGACAUCGCUGACGUGUUAUUUUACUUGUUAUUAAAUGUUGAAUAUGUAUUGGAGACAACUGAUUCGUACUCCAAGCUGACGAGUGUAGGCUGUAAAGGUAUGCAUUAUUAUAUGAUGUGCGUUGAAAACAUGCGGCCGAUCUAAUGUACUAAAUGCAAAAAAAUUGGAAGGCACAAGUCCUUUUGUGUGGGGAAA